UCUGUGUAAGGACAAUAUUUCUUGAAUGAAAGAUGUAUUUUCUGGCUUUCCUUCACAUUCCACUAUAUCAUUUCUUGGUCGUCCACUCCUGCCCAUCUUUAUGUACCUGCAUUUAUGGGACCACAGGAACAGCAGACCUCAGGUGGGUGCAAUGCAGUGACCCGAGAAUAUCAGCUGUCCCGAUCAACAUCCCUGCUGACACAGUGAAACUCCGUCUGGAAAAGACUCUGAUUACCAGGGUACCCAGAGCAGCCUUCUUCAACCUGUCAGAGCUGCUCUUCUUGUGGCUUACCUACAACUCCAUCACAACCAUCCACCCCAGCAGCUUUGUUAACCUGAGAGUCCUGAGAGAGCUGCGUCUGGAUGGAAAUCUCCUCACUGCCUUCCCUUGGGAGGGGCUCAGGGACAUGCCUCACCUUCAGACUCUGGGUCUUCAUAAUAACCAAUUAUCUAGCCUUCCAUCUCAAGUUGCACUCUUUCUUCCCAACAUCACCUACCUUGACUUAUCCAGUAACAGGUUGACUAUGUUACCAGCCGAACUGUUGGACCUUUGGUUCCCUCUUCUGGGCCAAAUGGAGAGAUCAGCACAAAGAAGAGUUUUGGGUCUUCAUGACAACCCAUGGAUGUGUGACUGCCAGAUCUCCUUGGUGGUGUCACUGUCAAUGUCCCUGGGCAGCCCCGUGGUUCUCAUGGACCAGCUGGUUACAUGCAGCAGGUCUCUAGGUCAGUCCGGGAUGUUGCUGACCAAAGUUGAGUUGCCUCACUGUAUGAGACCCUCGAUUCAGCCUGCAGCCACUAGAGUCACAUCCCUGCUCGGCAGUCAUGUUAUUCUCCGCUGUGAAGCUACUGGCUACCCCACACCAACUUUGACAUGGGUCAAAACUUCAAACUACGCCGAUUGCUGUCGACAGGACAUCACUGGUGACAAUGAACAACUGCCCAGGAAGUUGGAAAGUUUUCUAGCCAUGCAGGGAUCUCCUCGAGUUGGUGUGCGCUGGUCAAUAAUCAGCCUGGAUGAUUUAGGGUUCAAGGAUACUGGUGAAUAUCGCUGCCAAGCUCGGAACAUGGCAGGAAAAUCUGAAGCUCCCGUAAAGCUAAAGGUGGUGGGAGUUACACGACUCUCCCGCCUACCAAAGAAGUCACAGAAGACUCCCCCGAAGUCAACAUCCAACAGCAAAAAGCCCAACCAGAAUCGAACGACAUCUCUCAUCCCAUCACUGAAAGACAACCAGUUACCCCGAGCCAUUGCACCACCUACUCAAAAGAACAACACACAGACAUUGCCUGUCACUGUGUCCAAAGUGUUCCCCAUUUACAAACCCAGCAAAACAAACUUAAAAGGUCCAAAGAAAAUUACCAAAGAACCCUCAUCAAGUCUAUAAUAGAGCAAUUUGACAAUUCAACCAUUCCUAUAUCAAACAAAAG